GUUUGUCAGAGAUUGCCAGAUACCAUGGAAUUCGUUACUUACUUGACCCAGGCCAAGCUGUAUAAAUGAUGAAUCCCGUCAAAAGGACGGUGACAAAGUGGGCAACCAUUUUAUAAUGCGAUUUCCUUUUUCGACAGAGUGCUUAUGAGGAUAAAAUAGAUUUAAAAGUGUAAAGUUCAAAAUGUGUUAUCUUUGGCAACCAUGUUGUUUAUAUUUUGUACGUUACUUUAUUAAACGUCAAGAAGAAUUUAAUAACACAUUCGAAAUAUGCAAAUAAGCCAUUUACUAGAUUGAUCAAAUGUAUUUGAAUGAUUCCUGCCAUCAUUUCAAAAUAAUUCCCGGAAUGACUUGAAAACUAAUUAUUUUAAAAGAAUUUUUCGUUUUUUUAAGUAUUUUGAUAUAGAUGAAAUUUGACGGUGUCCAAGGGGAAGUAACUGGUGAAGAAUAAAUCGAAAGAAUGAUUGAAUCUAUCUUUUACAGUGAAUUUCAUCCCAUUGCAGGACCCCAAAUCGUUUACCAGGUGCCAGAAGAUUACAUUACUAAAGAAGAAUUUGAUUCAGUUCAUAUUUAUAUCAUAACAAAACCAGAUUUACAGAAAAGUGUUAUCACUGUGAAUUUAUCUCAACAUACUAUAGUCUGUUGCCCUGUGUGUAUAGAAAAUCCAAAAUAUAAAAGAAAUGCCCUAAUAUUCAAUCUAUGUUUAGCUUUUAAAAAGGAUUCUGUCACAUGGAUUUACGAAUCUGUAGUAAAAAAGCUGGCUUCAUAUUUGACACAAAUGGAGCUAGAAAAUGAGUUUUUAUUCAGUGAAGAGAAGAAGAAACAAAUUCCAAGUUUUUUGAAGAAAGUAAAAGAUCAUCUGAAUAACUAUGGCUACUGUAGAACGACAGUAACUAUGGGAGAGUCAUGUACAGUACAUCUUAAGAUAGCUCAGUGUGUCAGUGAUCCUCCUAUUAUAGAAGAAUAUGAUGUACCUGUUUUAAUUCAAGAUAAACUAGUGACUGACUAUACUUGGGAUUUAACAACACAACAGAUUCUACACUAUGUGGAUGGAUCUUCCCAUGUAGCUAAGAUAGCCAGUGAAGCUGAUAUAGAGGUGAAUAGAGUGAAAGCUUGUCUUCAGAAUCUGCUACACUAUCAGGUUAUACAGAACCUCUCUAUAUUUCAAUAUUCCAAUGUCUACACCAUCACACCCCAGUUACAACAGCUAGCUACUGAUAAACAGCUUCAAGAAGAGUGUAUUCAAUUUGUUGGUAGAAAAGAGAAGAAACAACCAACAUUUUAUGAUAUUUAUAAGAUGUAUUGUAGUUUAACAGCUGGUAUAACAGUAAAAGAUAUCUGUUCUAGAUAUAAUCCACAUAGUCUACUUAUUGAUGAAAGAAAGUUACUACAGUAUGGAUUAUUAAAAGGUUUUAUAAGAAGACUCCAUAAAUAUCCUAUAAAACUCCCAACAUCAGAAACGGAAUCCAGCAAACAGUCACUAUCUUACCAGAUGUUUGAUGGUUGUCAUCAUUUUGAUGAAAUCUGUUGUAAAUAUGGACUCAGCAAUGAAAACCUGGAUGAAUUAAUUGAAAGUGACCCAAGUAUUGUUAUAUGUUGGAAAUAGAGAAAUUCUAUUCCAAUCCUUUGAAUUAGGAAAAAUAAAUAGAAAUUCCACCAUGUGUGCAAUAAAACACAAGAAAACGUGGCAAUGUGAAACCUAUUGUAAUAGAGGAUACGCACAGAAAGAAAGAAAGAAAGAACUAUAUGUUACAAGGAUAACAACGAAGGUUCACAGUUAAGAAUGUUUUCUACCAGCUGAUCCUUGGUCAAAUCUCUUGACAUUGAUCUUUCCCGGAUUAUCCUUACCCAUUUACAGCUGGGUCGACUGGAAUUAUGAGGAAGGACAACUUAUUUAAGGUUGCCAGGCAGAGAUAAGAGUUUAGUAAAUGAUGUCAUUUAAAGAUUGCAAUGCUCUAACUGACUGUGCUACAGCCGGUCCUCUUUAGUACAUUGAUAGUAAGAGAUAGGAAUUAGCUGUAGUCUGUGCUACAGAAAUUUUAUGUGUAUCGGUGACACUGAUAGUAUCAAUUUGCUCCGUUCCAAUUUUCAAUCUGUGGUUCCUGCAAUUCCUGUAAAACAUCACAAAUUAUUGCUAUUGUGUUACUGAUACACAUAAAAAUUUAAGAAAAACCUAUUUACAAUCCCUUUAAGGUUAUUAUUUGUUUUAUGUAAAUAUGUAAAUGAGUAAUGCAUUUGAUUAAACUGUUAAGAUUU